AUGCUGUCGCGGUCUUCUCUCAGCCGAAAUGCGCCGCGUGCGUUCUCCGCCGGCCGUCGGUCCAUGGCCUCCGCGGUCAACCCGGCUUUCCAGUACGAUGUCUCUGAGGCUUCCGGCGUGAAGGUUGCCAACCGUGAGGUUGAGGGUCCUACCGGUACCCUGGCCCUGGUCGCGAAGGCCGGCUCCCGUUACCAGCCCUUCCCUGGUUUCGCCGACGCUCUCGACCGUUUCGCUUUCAAGACCACCCUCAAGCGGUCUGCUCUGCGUAUCACCCGUGAGACUGAGCUGCUCGGCGGUCAAAUCUCGUCGACACACUCCCGCGAAAACGUUGUCCUCCGGACCAAGUUCCUUUCCAAGGACCUCCCCUACUUCACAGAGCUUCUUGCUGAGGUUGCCAGCGAGACCAAGUUCGCCGACCAUGAGCUGAACGAGGUUGUGAGCAAGCUCCUUAAGUACAAGCAGCAGAUCGUUCACUCCAACCCGGAGACCGUCGCUGUUGAUGCCGCCCACGGUGUCGCCUUCCACCGCGGUCUGGGUGCCACCAUCACCCCCUCCCAGAGCUCUCCCUUUGAGAAGAACAUCUCCGGCGACGCCCUGGCCCAGUACGCCCAGAACGCCUACGCCAAGAACAACAUCGCUCUUGUCGCCAGCGGUCCUAACUCUUCCGAGCUCAAUAAGUGGGUUGGCCAAUUCUUCAAGAAUGCCUCCACCGGCAACGCCUCCAGCCAAUACAACGUCCUGCCCAGCCAGGCCUCCAAGUACUUCGGUGGUGAGCAGCGCAUUGCCUCCAAGACCGGUAACUCCGUUGUUAUCGCUUUCCCCGGUUCCAGCGCCUUCGGCACCGCCGGCUACAAGGCCGAGGCCUCCGUUCUGGCUGCUCUCCUCGGCGGCGAGUCCACCAUCAAGUGGACCCCUGGCUUCUCCCUCCUGUCCCAGGCCACCAAGGGCUUCAACCACCUCCGCGUGACCACCCAGAACAACGCCUACUCUGAUGCCGGUCUCUUCACCGUCGCCCUGACCGGUGCUGCCGACCAGAUCAGCGCUGCCAGCCAGAACGUCGUCGACGCCCUGAAGAAGGCCGCCGCCGGUGAGGUCGCCAGCGAGGAGAUCAAGAAGGCCAUUGCCCUCGCCAAGUUCCGCGCUCUGGAGUCCGUCCAGACCCUCGAGACCGGUCUCGAGGCCACCGGCUCUGGCCUCGUCCACGGCAACAAGCCUUACCAGAUCAACGAGAUUGCCCAGGCUCUCGAGAACGUCACCGAGCAGCAGGUCAAGGAGGUUGCCAACACCUUCCUGACUGGCAAGGCCACCCUUGUCAGCGUCGGUGACAUCCACCAGCUGCCCUUCGCCGAGGAUCUCGGUCUGACCGUUUAA